CACAGUCACAGCAUAUUUCUGUAGACGCAUCUCCACGGAAGUACCCCACUAGAAGAACUGAACCGGUGGUCUCAUUGAAAAAGACAGCGAUAAUAAGUGGGUAUUCCUCUGAAUUUUAGGAAUAGAUAUCCCCAGCUUGACUUGUAGGUGGAGUAACUAAAGUAAUGUGAUAGCUAGCUACAUUUUGAGCUGUUACUGCUAGCUAGCUAUCUACCUACAAAAACCAAGCCCGCACUUAGCUAGCUAGCUACCUGUCAGAAAAGCUCGCUAGCUAUCAAUAUAUUUGUAAUGCGUCUCACGUUACCGUCUACCUGUAUGCUUGACAUUAUCUACUUUCAGCAAUAUGUAACUAGCUAGCUAGUAAAGUCCCCUGUAGCUCAGUUGGUAGAGCAUAGCGCUUGCAACGCCAGGGUUGUGGGUUCGUUUCCCACGGGGGGCCAGUAUGAAAAUGUAUGCACUCACUAACUGUAAGUCGCUCUGGAUAAGAGCGUCUGCUAAAUGACUAAAAUGUGAAGUGUCAGUAUGUUAAGGUACAAUCAGAAUGUUUUACAUUAUUGUUCAGUUGUGUGUGUGUCAGUGGAGGCUGCUGAGGGCAGGACGGCUCAUAAUAAUGGCCGGAACAGAGCAAAUGGAAUGGCAUCGAUACCAUUCCACUAUUCUGCUCCACCAUUAACAUGAGCCAGUCCUCCCCAAUUAAAGUGCCACCAACCUCCUGUGGUGUGUGUGUGUGUAUCAUCAUGUGAUUUAUGGGUGGGGGGUGUACACUAACAUUUCAUCAUUGGUUCAUGAUAUACACACACCUCCGAUAAGAGUCAUAAGAGUAUGAGAAAGUUAGAUAACAUUGACUAUGAGCUCAAUGAUUAUUGAGUAAGACCUUCACAGGUGCAACCUAACCUAUUUAUUAACACUGAUCAUAAGAUGUCCAUUAUCCAUAUCUUUUUCUCCAGGGAAGGUUAUGACACUUCGUCUCUCUGUGUCCCCAAGUCACAGGAACCAUGAAGCUUCGGCUGCACUUUGUGGUGGACCCCAUGGGCUGGUUCUGCAUCAGUAUGGUGUUCGCCAUCUGGCUCUACAACUCCUUCUUCGUCCCCAAGUUGGUGCUGCUUCCCCAUUUAAUUGAGGGGCAUAUCCCCUGGGCCUUGGUUGUCAGUGAGUAUCAAUCCCACAGUCCAGGUGUUGAGUUAUUUCUGCUUAAUCAAAGACUUUAACUGCUAUAGUCUUCCUGUUCCUCUCCUCCCAGGUUACUACUUAGCAUCAGCCUUCUGUAUGGCAGCACUUUUUAGAGCUUCUACAGCUGACCCUGGCAGACUCCCAGCCGACCCCCACAUCCCUCACUCAGGUAAUGUGACAUUCCACAGCCUCUGCCUCUGUGUCAUGAAUACGGAUAUAAGAUCCACUGAUAAGGUUUUUUAUAUGACAAAAGUAUAUCAUUUGACAUGGUCAGUCAUGACAUGGAGACUUUUUUUGUUACUUUGUUUCAGAGCGAGAGCAGUGGGAAAUGUGUAGCAAGUGCAACAUGAUGAGACCAAAAAGGUCCCACCACUGCAGCCGUUGUGGCCACUGUGUACGCAAAAUGGACCACCACUGUCCAUGGUAAUGUUUCAGACCUGUCUGUCACUCCCCUAGGAGAUUCAGCGAUACAGGGCAGCUCAUUGUGGGGGGAAACUGACGGUGAUAUUGUCUUUCCCCGAAUCGGCCAUGGGAGGGGGCCAACUCCACAGUAUUUACACCCCGCCCUGCACCUCUUCUCUAGCAGCACCCCCAGGAUUGCCAUUUGCCAUAUAUUGCUAAAACCAAUAGACGGUUCAUUUAAUGGUUUAUGCCUAUAUAUCUGUUUAUCCUCUUAGGAAAAUCUGCUUAAUAUUUGACUAGCUUGUAACUAGGCCUAUGAGAAGUCCUGUAAAAUGUAUAUUUUCUCCCUCUUGUCUCCUGGCAGGAUUAAUAAUUGCGUAGGGGAGGACAACCACUGGCUCUUCUUGCAGCUUUGUUUUUACACACAGGUCCUCAGUUUGUUCACCCUGGCUCUGGACUUCUGCCAGUACUAUUACUUCCAGCCCUUAACCACAUUGGACCAGGUAAAGUCAAGAAUGAAAAGUGAGGCCUUAUCAACACUGAACUAGAAUGAAUUCAAGGAAUUCAUCACCGGACAGAACCCUACAUGGCUUGGUUUCAACACUUGGUUUUAUUUGGUAAAAGCGAUCACAAGGAAGCAUUUCGUCAACGUUUUUGAUGACUUUUUUAAUUCUAAAUCAAGAUUUGACAAUUUCCUUGGAAAGUAUGUAAUCAAGAUCUCACAGAUACCUGUCUGUCAGACGCAUAAAAAACGCUCUCCCAUCUAUGCUUUGAUGAUUAAUAUUUGAAUAGAGAUGGUAUGCUGAAUGUGUGAAAGGAGGAUGGGGGUAUGUGCAUGGUGCUGUGAAGUUGACUUUGGCCUCUUCUGAUUGUUCUCUCAUAGGAGGCGUUUAUGGCACGUCAUGAGCUCGCCCUGAUACGAGUGUCUGCGAUCAUGGGUCUGGUGAUGUUUGCCGGCAUGAGCAGCCUCUUCUAUACUCAGAUGGCUGGCAUCCUGACAGUGAGUCAAAUCUCUCUACUGUCUCUCAUUACAGAUUGUGGUCAGAAAAUUGUUGUCAAGUAAAUAUUAAAGUUGUUGUUAUAUAGUGCAUUCGUAAAGUAUUCAGACCCCUUCACUUUUUCCACAUUUUGUUACGUUACAGCCUUAUUCUAAAAUAUAUAUAUAUAUAUAUAUAUAUAUAUAUAUAUAUAUAUAUAUAUACCCGGAAAUAUCACAUUUACAUGAAUAUUCAGACCCGUUACUCAGUACUUUGUUGAAGCAUCUUUGGCAGCGGUUACAGCCUCGAGUCUUCUUGGGUAUGACGCUACACGCUUGGCACACCUGUAUUUGGGGAGUUUCUCCCAUUCGUCUCUGCAGAUCUCUCAAGCUCUGUCAGGUUGGGGAGCUAUUUUCAGGUCUCUCCAGAGAUGUUCAAUCAGGUUCAAGUCCGGGCUCUGGCUGGGCCACUCAAGGACAUUCAGGGACUUGUUCCGAAGCCACUUCUGCAUUGUCUUGGCUGUGUGCUUAGGGUCGUUGUCCUGUUGGAAGGUGAACCUUCGCCCCAGUCUGAGGUCCUGAGCUCUCUGGAGCAGGUUUUCAUCAAGGAUCUCUCUGUACUUUGCGCCAUUCAUCUUUCCCUCGAACCUGACUAGUCUCCCAGUUCCUGCUGCUGAAAAGCAUCCCCACAGCAUGAUGCUGCCACAACCAUGCUUCACCGUAGGGAUGGUAUUGGCCAGGUGAUGAGCGGUGCCUGGUUUCCUCCAGAUGUGACGCUUGGCAUUCAGGCCAAAGAGUUCAAUCUUGGUUUCAACAGACCAGAGAAUCUUCUUUCUCAUGGUCUGAGAGUCCUUUAGGUGCCUUUUGGCAAACUCCAAGCGGGCUGUCACGUGCCUUUUACUGUGGAGUGGCAUCCGUCAAUGUCGGCAACCUUCCGUCCCUGCUCUGGAUCGAGCGGGGCUUCUCCAUCUGUCGGAGGCCUGCAUCCUGUGAAGCGGGGGAGUGGGCGGAUUUCCUCGUCCUUCUCGCCAGCCGUGAUUUUGGGCAGCUCCAUGGUAAGAAAUGUGACCGUUCCUGGUGCAAAAACAAUGUCCUAUCCCGGAGCUCGAGUAAAUGACAUUACUAAACUGCUCCCGAAUGUACUAAGGCAGGACAUGGAAAUCGAUUCUAUCGUAGUCCAUGUGGGUUUUAAUUACAUUAUGAAGGGCAGCUCUGAACAGUUGAAACUGGAUUUUAAAGAACUGAUUGACUCUCUGCUAGAUACUAACAAAAAAACCAUCAUAUCUGGCCCUGUGCCCUCUCUGAAUCGUGGCAUUGAACGCUUUAGCAGGAUUCUUGCUCUUCACAACUGGCUCUUGAUCCCCUGCUGAUUUUGUAUGUUUGCCCACUGACAAAGAAAUGAUCAGUCUAUAAUUUUAAUGGUAGGUUUAUUUGAACAGUGAGAGACAGAAUAACAACAAAAAAAUCCAGAAGAACGCAUGUCAAAAAUGUUAUAAAUUGAUUUGCAUUUUAAUGAGGGAAAUAAGUAUUUGACCCCUCUGCAAAACAUGACUUAGUACUUGGUGGCAAAAUCCUUGUUGGCAAUCACAGAGGUCAGACGUUUCUUGUAGUUGGCCACCAGGUUUGCACACAUCUCAGGAGGGAUUUUGUUCCACUCCUCUUUGCAGAUCUUCUCCAAGUCAUUAAGGUUUUGAGGCUGACAUUUGGCAACUCGAACCUUCAGCUCCCUCCACAGAUUUUGUUUUGGAUUAAGGUCUGGAGACUGGCUAGGCCACUCCAGGACCUUAAUGUGCUUCUUCUUGAGCCACUCCUUUGUUGCCUUGGCCGUGUGUUUUGGGUCAUUGUCAUGCUGGAAUACCCAUCCACGACCCAUUUUCAAUGCCCUGGCUGAGGGAAGGAGGUUCUCACCCAAGAUUUGACGGUACAUGGCCCCGUCCAUCGUCCCUUUAAUGCGGUGAAGUUGUCCUGUCCCCUUAGCAGAAAAACACCCCCAAAGCAUAAUGUUUCCACCUCCAUGUUUGACGGUGGGGAUGGUGUUCUUGGGGUCAUAGGCAGCAUUCCUCCUCCUCCAAACACGGCGAGUUGAGUUGAUGCCAAAGAGCUCCAUUUUGGUCUCAUCUGACCACAACACUUUCACCCAGUUCUCCUCUGAAUCAUUCAGAUGUUCAUUGGCAAACUGCAGACGGGCAUGUAUAUAUGCUUUCUUGAGCAGGGGGACCUUGCGGGCGCUGCAGGAUUUCAGUCCUUCACGGCGUAGUGUGUUACCAAUUGUUUUCUUGGUGACUGGUCCCAGCUGCCUUGAGAUCAUUGACAAGAUCCUCCCGUGUAGUUCUGGGCUGAUUCCUCACCGUUCUCAUGAUCAUUGCAACUCCACGAGGUGAGAUCUUGCAUGGAGCCCCAGGCCGAGGGAGUUAUUUUGUGUUUCUUCCAUUUGUGAAUAAUCGCACCAACUGUUGUCACCUUCUCACCAAGCUGCUUGGCGAUGGUCUUGUAGCCCAUUCCAGCCUUGUGUAGGUCUACAAUCUUGUCCCUGACAUCCUUGGAGAGCUCUUUGGUCUUGGCCAUGGUGGAGAGUUUGGAAUCUGAUUGAUUGCUUCUGUGGACAGGUGUCUUUUAUACAGGUAACAAGCUGAGAUUAGGAGCACUCCCUUUAAGAGUGUGCUCCUAAUCUCAGCUCGUUACCUGUAUAAAAGACACCUGGGAGCCAGAAAUCUUUCUGAUUGAGAGGGGGUCAAAUACUUAUUUCCCUCAUUAAAAUGCAAAUCAAUUUAUAACAUUUUUGACAUGCGUUCUUCUGGAUUUUUUUGUUGUUAUUCUGUCUCUCAUUGUUCAAAUAAACCUACGAUUAAAAUUAUAGCCUGAUCAUUUCUUUGUCAGUGGGCAAACAGUUUUUCCCUCACUGUAUGUGUAGUGUCAAGUUCUGCCAUGCUUAACUUUUUCCUCUCAUUCCUCAAACUCUGUGUGUUCAAGAGAGAGAUUACAUUUGAUUAAUACCAGCUCUGGGAAUAACCAAAUUACGUUAUUCUUUACGGGGAACAAAGAUCAUGUUUAGUGCAGUUUGCUGUUUAGUCGCUCAGAAGAAAACAUGGUGUAGCCCGUAAAUAUUGAAGGAAAAACAAAAUGGCUGUAUCCUGUCAAUAAUUUUGAUGUCAUGAUUACAGCAGCAGAUUUCUGGUUGUCUUUUGAGUUUGUUAAAGAGUACAGUAUCUUAUAUAAUCCACGUUAGCUGUUUUCUACUUCCUCAUUCAACUUUCCCUCGAAGCCUCACUAGAAUAUAACCAGGGGAGAAUCCCGCUGCAUUGAAUGUAUUAGUUCAGGGUAUUGCGUUACAUACAGCAUACUUCAUGCAUUAUGAUUGUUGGCCAUUUGCAUGAAGCACUCCAAUGAUUUGAUCUGAUUGAGAGGGGGGGGUCAAAUACUUAUUUCCCUCAUUAAAAUGCAACUCAAUUUUAACAUUUUUGACAUGCGUUUUUCUGGAUUUAUUUGUUGUUAUUCUGUCUCUCACUGUUCAAAUAAACCUACCAUUAAAAUUAUAGACUGAUCAUUUCUUUGUCAGUGGGCAAACGUACAAAAUCAGCAGGGGAUCAAAUACUUUUUUCCCUCACUGUAGCAUUGACCAAAGCACAGCUCAGCUAAUCCCUACCAUUGUGACGCAGAGUUGUCAAAAUGCUUCAGCGAAUGUACAUUACACCAGGGGUGUCGGUAGACACAAUAUAAGUAACCUAAUGUAUGUCCCUCUAACUGCCCUGAAUGCCUCUGCUGAUCCUACAGCAAUUGUAUGCAGUAAUCAUGUGUCUAAGAACCAGAUUUAUACUGUUAGCACUGAGCCGGUGUGCCCGAGGAGGAAGUCCACUCUGUGCAGCUCACCCUGCACUAACAUAAAGAACAUGACCACAUCUACCGCUGCUAAGCAUCCCAGUAAAGCAAUAAAAACAAGUAAGCAUCCCAGAAGAAAAGUGCUCAAAAUAGCACACGUUAACAUAUGUAGCAUAAGAAACAAAGUUCAUGAAAUCAAUAAUUUGCUAGUAACAGAUGACAUUCAUAUUCUGACUAUCUCUGAAACUCACUUAGAUAAUACAUUUGAUGAUACAGUGGUAGCAAUACAAAGUUAUAACAUUUACAGAAAAUAUAGGAAUGCCAAUGGUGGAGGUGUUGCUGUUUAUAUUCAGAACCACAUUCCUGUGAAGAUUAGAGAGGAUAUCAUGUUAAAUACUGUUUAAGUAAUAUGGCUACAGGUUCAUCUGCCUCACCUAAAGCCCAUUCUGGUGGGAAGCUGCUAUAGACCACCAAAUGCUAACAGUCAGUAUCUGGAUAACAUGUGUGAAAUGCUUGAUAAUGUAUGUGAUAUCAAUAGAGAGGUAUACUUUCUGGGUGAUUUUAAAUAUUGACUGGCUUUCAUCAGGCUGCCCACUCAAGAGAAAGCUUCAAACUGUAACCAGUGCCUGCAACCUUGUUCAGGUUAUCAGUCAACCUACCAGGUUAGUUAUAAACAGUACAGGAAUUAAAUCAUCAACAUGUAUUGAUCAUAUCUUUACUAAUGCUGCAGAGAUUUGUUUGAAAGCAGUAUCCAAAUCCAUUGGAUGUAGUGAUCACAAUAUAGUAGCCAUAUCUAGGAAAAGGAAAGUUCCAAAGGCUGGGCCUAAUAUUGUGUAUAAGAGGUCAUACAAUAAGUUUUGUAUUGAUUCCUAUGUUGUUGAUGUAAAGAAUAUAUGUUGGUCCUUGGUGUGUAAUGAGGAGCAAACAGACACAUUUAUGAAAUUGCUUAUUCCAGUUACUAAUAAGCAUGCACCCAUUAAGAAAAUGACUGUAAAAACUGUUAAACCCCCAUGGAUUGAUGAAGAAUUGAAAAAUGUUAUGGGUGAGAGGGAUGAGGCAAAAGGAAUGGCAAAUAAGUCUGGCUGCACAACCGAUUGGCAAACGUAUUGCAAAUUGAGAAAUCAUGUGACUAAACUGAAUAAAAAUAAUAAGAAACUACACUAUGAAACAAAGAUAAAUGACAUAAAGAAUGAUAGUAAAAAGCUUUGGAGCACCUUCAAUUAAAUCUUGGGGAAAAUGGCAAACUCAUCUCCAUCAUUCAUUGAAUCAGAUGGCUCAUUCGUCACAGAACCAACUAAUAUUGCCAACUACUUUAAUGAUUUUUUUCAUUGGCAAGAUUAGCAAACUUAAGCAUGACAUGCCAGCACCAAUUGCUGACACUACACAUCCAAGUAUAUCUGACCAAAUUAUGAAAGACAAGCAUUGUAAUUUUGAAUUCCGUAAAGUGAGUGUGGAAGAGGUGAAAUAAUUAUUGUUGUCUAUCAAAAAUGACAAGCCACCGGGGUCUGACAACUUGGAUGGAAAAUUACUGAGGAUAAUAGCGGACGAUAUUGCCACUCCUAUUUGCCAUAUUUUCAAUUUAAGCCUACUAGAAUGUGUGUGCCCCCAGGCUUGGAGGGAAGCAAAAGUCAUUCCGCUACCUAAAAAUAGUAAAGUCCCCUUUACUGGCUCAAAUAGCCGACCAAUUAGCAUGUUACCAACCCUUAGUAAACUAUUGGAAAGAAUUGUGUUUGACCAGAUACAAUGCUAUUUUAUAGUAAACAAAUGGACAACAAACUUUCAGCAUGCUUAUAGAGAAGGACAUUCAACAAGCACAGCACUUACACAAAUGACUGAUGAUUGGCUGAGAGAAAUUGAUGAUAAAAAGAUUGUGGGGGGCUGUUUUGUUAGACUUCAGUGCGGCUUUUGACAUUAUCAAUCAUAGUCUGCUUCUGGAAAAACGUAUGUGUUAUGGCUUUACUCCACCUGCUAUAUUGUGGAUACAGAGUUACCUGUCUAACAUAACACAGAGGGUGUUCUUUAAUGGAAGCCUCUCCAACAUAAUCCAGGUAGAAUCAGGAAUUCCCCAGGGCAGCUGUCUAGGCACAUUACUUUUUUCAAUCUUUACUAAUGACAUGCCACUGGCUUUGAGUAAAGCCAGAGUGUGUAUGUAUGUGGAUGACUCAACACUAUACAUGUCAGCUACUACAGCGACUGAAAUGACUGCAACAUUUAACAAAGAGUUGCAGUUAGUUUCAGAGUGGGUGGCAAGGAAUAAAUUAGUCCUAAAUAUUUCUAAAACUAAAAGCAUUGUAUUUGGUACAAAUCAUUCACUAAACCCUAAACCUCAAUUAAAUAUUGUAAUAAAUAAUGUGGAAAUUGAGCAAGUUGAGGUGACUAAACUGCUUGGAGUAACCCUGGAUUGUAAACUGUCAUGGUCAAAACAUAUUGAUACAACAGUAGCUAAGAUGGGGAGAAGUAUGUCCAUAAUAAAGCGCUGCUCUACCUUCUUAACAGCACAGCUCGGUCACCCAUGCAUACCCCACAAGACAUGCCACCAGAGGUCUCUUCACAGUCCCCAAGUCCAGAACAGACUACGGGAGGCGCACAGUACUACAUAGAGCCAUGACUACAUGGAACUCUAUUCCACAUCAAGUAACUGAUGCAAGUAGUAAAAUUAGAUUUAAAAAACACCUUAUGGGACAGCGGGGAAGCAACACAAGCAUAGGCGCAGACACAUGCAUAUACACACAUGAUAACAUACGCACUAUACACACACGUACACAUGGAUUUCUGUACUGUAGAUAUGUGGUAGUGGUGGAGUGUGGGCCUGAGGACACAAAGUGUGUGUUGUGAAUGUAUUGUAAUGUUUUUAAAAUUGUAUGAACUGCCUUCAUUUUGCUGGACCCCAGGAAGAGUAGCUGCUAAUGGGGAUCCAUAAUAAAUACAAAAACAAAUACUCUACCAUAAAGGCCUGAUUGGUGGAGUGCUGCAGAUAUUGUUGUCCUUCUGGAAGGUUCUCCCAUCUCCACAGAGGAACUCUGGAGUUCUGUCAGAGUGACCAUCGGGUUCUUGGUCAGCUCCUUGACCAAGGCCCUUCUCCCCCGAUUGCUCAGUUUGGCAGGGCAGCCAGCUCUAGGAAGAGUCUUGGUGGUUCCAAACUUCUUACAUUUAAGAAUGAUGGAGGCCACUGUGUUCUUGGGGACCUUCAAUGCUGCAGAAAUGUUUUGGUACCCUUCCCCAAAUCUGUGCCUCGACAUAUUCCUGUCUCUGAGCUAUACGGACAAUUCCUUCGACCUCAUGGCUUGGUUUUUGCUCUGACAUGCAAUGUCGACUGUGGGACCUUUAUAUAGGCAGGUGUGUGCCUUUCCAAAUCAUGUCCAAUCAAUUGAAUUUACCAUAGGUGGACUCCAAUAAAGUUGUAGAAACAUCUCAAGGAUGAUCAAUGGAAACAGGAUGCACCUGAGCUCAAUUUCGAGUCUCAUAGCAAAGGGUAUGAAUACUUAUGUAAAUAAGGUAUUUCUGUUGUUGUGUUUUUAUACAUUUGCAAACAUUUCUAAAAACCUGUUUUUGCGUUGUCAUUAUGGGAUAUUGUGUGUACAUUGAUGAGGAAAAACAUUUAUUUAAUCAAUUUUAGAAUAAGGCUGUAACGUAACAAAAUGUGGAAAAAGUGAAGGGGCCUGAAUACUUUCCGAAUGCACUGUAUGUCAAAGUAGCAUGUUAUGCACUGUUUACACUGCCAAUUUCAUGUAACCUAGGUCUUUUCAAAUUCUGAUGUAUGCCAUUCGGCCUCAGUUCCGUUCCCUGGGUAUGUGACUAGUGUCUGCACACUCAGACCAGAUUUUUACCUAUUGCUGUCGAAGUAGUUGGAAUAUUAGGAUGUGUUUGUAAACUUUACCAUGUCCUUGGCUGUCAUGACCAGAUGAGCCCUCACCUUUAACCUCUGUGAGUAGAUUGACAGGAGGUAAUGAACCAGCACCAAGGUGCAAUAGACUUAACAGCUUAAAUCUGAGCCCAGCUGAGUAAAACCAUCUGGACUGCUAAGCCUUUAUUUCCAUUACUGUCCCUGUAGGUAAACAUGGGUCCUUCUCGCAGCUUAGGAAGGCCUAGUUAGUCCCAUACUCGUCUUGUUGUUGCACAGACCUGUGAACAAGCUUAGUAACAGAUUUGCUGAUUGGCCAAAUCCCUACACCUCCAAGUCUCAAUGUAUCGAUGUACGCCACCAAAAGCUAUUGGCUAUUUUAAUACAACAAAACAUAUGGUAAGGAGGAAGGGCAACGGCAGGAUGUUGAUCAGUUGUUUGUUAUUCACAGAGAAAAUAACCUAACAGGAAUAAGUUAAGAUGAUAAGAUGUUAACAAUUGACAAUAAACGCAGAGUUGUGAUAGGUAGGCGUUUUGAUUGUUGAUUUAAACAGAUAGAGGUCCUUUUCAGAAAAUAACUUAACUUUGGAAACCUGGGCUUCUCCGCACCACAGUUGGGAAGGUGCAUUAAUGUCUCCUAAUUUGCAUGUGGUGUGUUAUCUGUUUGGUGAAUCGCUUUGUGUGUAAGGCCUCCACUUGAAGAGGUUAACCUGGCUAAGUAGUACACAUCCUGUUAAUUAAUGCAAAUAAAUGUUCCAGGGCAGUCUGUGAUCAAACAAACUACUCAAAGAUGUUAAAUGUUUAAACUAUUUCCCUCUUGUGUGACCCCCUAACAGGACACCACCACCAUUGAGAAAAUGGCUAACUUCUCAAGUAAAAUGUAAGUACCAUGGGUUUGUUCCUUUGUGCUGCCUUUGAUACAAGGGACAAGAAAAUCCUCUCAGUACUUGCAGACUUUGUUGGGCUCAGUGGACGGUCUCUUCAGUUUCCUGUUUUACUUCUCUGAAUGGAAACAAUGUGUCCAUCCAGCUAGUUGACGAAUCAUCCCAGUAUCAUUCCGUUGAAUUUGGUGUUCCACAAGGGUUAGUGUUGGGACCUCUGUUUUUCUCUUUUGGGCCCAUUCGGACUUGCAUGCUUGUGCACAUUAUUUUUACCUUUCUCUUUCACAGAGGUGGGGCUGGUGGUGGGUCAAAUAAAUCCUGGCAGCGGACACUGGCUGAGGUGUUUGGCACUACCUGGAAAGUCCUGUGGUUCAUCCCGUUGAGGAGCAGGCAACCGCUGACCUUUCCCAACCACUUCCGCACUCAUGUGUAGAUUAGUGAAGGAGUUCUGUCCCACUUCGAUCCAGACGAUAGGCUGCCAUCUCUGACAGAGAAUACACUGUGCACACUCUCAGCACCCCCCGCCUGCCUUCACCUCCCUGUUUUGUGCCAUCUAAGCUGGGUGGUAGUCUUGAUUGGCCAGUGGAUACACAGUCUUUUUGUCUUUCUCUAUAGGAUGUAGGAUUGACAGUGUCUGAACUGGGUCACAAACUUCUGCAAGAGUCGAGGACAUGCUACCAAGUGCAACCUAGUGCCCUUUAUAAUCAUUACUAGGGGCUCCAUUGUGCUCCAUUGUCCCAUUGUGGAAACCACUUUAAGGGAAAAUUGCUUUUGAGAGAAACUUUGACAAAAAGGAAAUCACUAAGAACCUCAAUUUGAUUGUAGGGCCAUGUAGACCUUCAAACCACACUAAAUACUAACCCUAACUCCGUACCCAAUUUUUCUAUAAUUUGUGCCUUCUUUUGACUUUUUGUCCAUUCAUGUGUCAUAAAUCAGCAGUGUUUCUGCUGUUAUUAUCUGGUGGGCUGGGGCCUGCUGUUACAAGAUAUAAAAUGACAUUUUUAGUCAGUCUUCCAAAUGGUUUGGAUACAUGCUUUUUACAGAAGGCUAUAUAAGUAAUUAUUUUGGGAAGAAGUUGGAUAUCAAGUGGUGGGCAAGUUGGUUUAUGGAUUUCUAUAGGGAAGAGCAGUACCAUGAUUGAACUGCAUUCCAUAAUUAUAUGGUUCAAGGGUUCCUUUGCUUUACUUUUUACACUCAUAUUUAUUUUUUAAAAAAAGAAAUGAUGAUGCUCCUACAAAAAAUAUAUACCACUAGUAACACCUUAAUUUUAACUACAUAGUAACUAACCAUGGCUAAUCUUCCAUUCACAGUGAUAAUGUAUUUUGUUCCACAUUCAUUACUAUCAAUUAGACAACAUUUCCACAGAAGUGCUGAGCUUUCACAGAUAUCCAUGAUUAAAAACAUAUCACAACGCUAGAAAGUCAUUGGUCAUCCAUUUAUAAAACACUAUGUUUGCUUGAGACUUUUUCAUACCUCCACACUUCCUAUUGCCAAAUUAUUUAACCUUACCAAUGAAGAUGAUUUGUAAAAUGUCCCAAUGGGGAGUCACCGUGAAACAAGUGGAUUGUAUCAACAUUUAUUUCAGGCUAUACCAAAUACUUGUAUUUAUAUGUAUCUGCUGUUGUACACUUGGCUGUAACAUUGUGCAUAUGCACUGAUAUAUUACCUCUAUAUUUUCUGUGCACAUUCCACAUUUUUUUCAAUAUACAUAUACUGUAGAAAUGGUCAUCAAAUGGUUAUUUCAAUGUUGUCAUCACUUGUUGAGUUUAUAAUUUUUGAUGAUUUGAAUGUAUGAUAAUAACGUUGAGUCUCCUGUACCGUAUGUAAGACCUAGUGGAGUCUCAGAACACUGUAAGUAAGUAGGCACUGAUUGAUGUUGAUUUGUUCUUAUGUUGAAUGUGGGGACAGCUGCUGUAAAUUGUCUGUCAUGUUUCUAGUUUCUCCUUUUCUGUACAUUGAUUGGUCGUAAAUGGUAGUGGACGCUGAAAUAUUUUUUUGUAAUAACAAUAGGGUCUUUAAUUUGAAUUUCCUGGUUGACAUUGUAGUAUGUUUUCUACUCCGUACUUCCUUCAUCAUAUAGGAUGCAUCAUAAAUGGGGAAUGUUAAUGUUACAAUAAUGCAAAAUACAUGUUUUUCGUUUAGACUUGAACUAUUUGUCAAUGGCACGUCACCAAAAGGAGUGCCACCAACUGUCUUAAACCAUAGAUGUAUGUACACUACAUCAACUGUUUGUCUAAAAAGGACCUUGGUGAGGCUCUGUAUCGUCAUUACAUCAACUGGUCUCCCACAGGGCUUGAUGCUAGGUCCCCUGCUGUUCUCUUGUGUAUCUUCUACACUCCCCAACCCUCUCCUUCUUAAACUCCCUCCUAACUUGAUUACAUUUACAUUUUUAGUCAUUUAGCAGACG